AUGCCCCCCAGUCAAGAGGACUUGCUGGAAGAGCAGAUCCACUUCGCUAAUAUUGUAGAGACCUUCAAGCAAUAUGGCCCCUAUGCGCUAGCCGCAAACAACAAGAGACGAAAGGACUUCUUCACGCUUCCCCGGCGAGAUCGAGACAUCCUCGAGGAAUUGGGGUACAGAACCAAAAUAAACGAGGUAGACGAAGCAAUACUGAAAAAUGCUGAAUUUUUGAGCAUGAUCGUGGCCGACCCCGAGAUUUUUGGUUCUAUGGACGAAGACGAUGUGACCGAUGAAGAAGAUCUAUCGAUAGAUGUCCCAGAUCGGGCGGAUGCACAGCGGCAUGAGCCAGGUCAUUCGCACUCGCAUUCGCACUCUCAUGGCACACGGAGCCGUAGGCCAAGGUAUAGACCGACUGAAUUCGACAUGGAUAAACUGCGUAGCACGAUCAAGCAGUUUGUCAGAGACUGGACGACGGAGGGCGAAGUGGAGAGGGAGGCUUGCUAUAAGCCCAUGACCGACGCAUUGCUAGCGCAUUUCGGGGACAUCCCGACCGAGGAGCGAAGGAACUUUCGAGUUCUCGUACCUGGAGCCGGUCUAGGUCGGCUGGCUUGGGACGUUGCUCGGUUAGGUUUCGCCUGCCAAGGCAAUGAGUUUUCGCAUUAUAUGUUGCUGUCUUCGUAUUUCAUAUUGAAUAGGACAACGUCUGUGGACGCGCACACCAUCUACCCUUACGUCCAUUCCUUCUCCAACGUCACCGAUCGCGCUUCCUUACUUCGCUCUGUGUCCAUACCGGAUGUCCUUCCGAGUGCACUGCCUGAAGGAAGUGAUUUCAGCCUGGUAGCGGGCGACUUCGAGGAGGUAUAUGGUCCGGACAAUCCAGAUGAGUCCAAUGAAGGAAAAUGGGAUGCAAUCCUUACCUGCUUUUUCAUUGAUACAGCGAAAAAUAUCGUGAAUUAUCUGCGGGUUAUGCAUCACAUUCUCGCACCUGGUGGAAUAUGGAUCAAUAUCGGUCCCUUGUUGUGGCAUUGGGAGAACAAUACGACGAACGAUCCUUCGGUAGAGCUCGAUCUCGAGGAAGUAAAGCUCCUAGCUCGUAAACUCGGAUUCAAACUCGCCAAUGAACGCACCAUCAAGACGACGUAUACGAGCGACGCAAAUAGCAUGCUUGGAUAUGUAUAUGAAACUGCGUUCUGGACUGCCACGAAGGAAGUAUGA